CCCGUCAGCCUGCACCCAGAAUUCCCCGCGUCGAGACAAGAUGGAGGAACGCUGCAGCUGCAGGGGAACAAUGUUUGGGCUCUAAAGACCAUAAGGAACGACCGAAGGUGAAAAAUACACGCCGAUACAGAAAGAGGUGGUCAUGCACUGGAUGAGAGUGGUGGCCUCCUGUUGAAGUGAAUCCAGCAGCACCGUUCCCACCAGCCACCAACGGACCCACCCCACUCCAGCGGACAGCGUUACGGCCCGGCCACCAUGAGCCUCAUUCAGGACAAGCUGGGCGGCGAGUUCCUGCGGCCCAACGGCAGCAUGGACAGCGGCUUCAGCACGAGCAUGCUCAUGUUCAGCCACCUGCCGCCCGUCACCAGCUUCACGCGGCUGGCUGCCCAGUCUGUCAUGGCCGACCUGCCCCCGCAGGAGAUGAUGAGCCUAAAGAAGGAGCGAGACUCGCCCGACUGCGGGAGCGGCAUGGGAGGCAUGGGCAUGGGCUUGGGCGGCCUGGGGGGCCUCAUGGGCGGUGUGGGCGACUACGUGCACGCCAUGGGCAUCAAGCAGGAGAAGCUUCCGGAGCACGACUACCGGCUACCGCUCUACCCUGGCGGAGGAGGUGGAGGGGGCGGCGGUGGCAGCCUCAAUGGCUGCAUGGGCCAGAGGAGCGUCUCGGACCUGCUGGAGGUGUCGCUGGGGAACCACCAGAACCUGCUGGUGCACGACCUCAGCCUGAGCAAUCAGCUAUCAGGGAGGCUGGGGAAAGAGUCCUCAGGAAGGAAGGGUCGGAAGUCAAACGGCGAUGGAACGGAAGGGAAACCUCGUCGGAAACGUGGAGAGUCAAAGGCUCUAAUGCUGGACCCUGAUGGAGAGAGCCUGUCACCCAGCUCCAAGCCACACAUCUGUGAGCACUGCAACGCAGCCUUCCGCAGCUCCUACCACCUGCGCAGACAUGUGCUCAUACACACAGGCGAGCGGCCUUUCAGAUGCAGUCAAUGCAACAUGAGCUUCAUCCAGAAGUACCUCCUGCAAAGGCACGAGAAGAUCCACAGCGGUGAGAAGCCGUUUAGUUGUGACCAGUGCAACAUGCGAUUCAUUCAGAAGUACCACAUGGAGAGGCACAAGCGAACUCACAGCGGAGAAAAGCCAUACAAGUGUGACACCUGCCAACAGUAUUUUUCCCGCACGGACCGGUUGCUGAAACACAAGCGCACGUGCGGAGAAGCCAUAAAGAAGGGCGUGGACGGAGCCCUGCUGGACGCGGGGCUGGCCGAUGACGGCCAGGGCAGCUACUCACUCACUCAGGGAAACGGCCCCGUGCCUGGCCGCAAGAGGGCCAAGGCCAAGGGUGGCGAGGGCGGGGAGCGCAAGCGCAGGAAGCAGCAGCAGCAGCAGCAGCAGCAGCAGCAGGAGGCAGCGGGCGGAGGCCUGGGCCAAGGCAUGGGGGCUCAGGACGGGCUGUACGGUCUGCACGGCGGCAGCUACUCAUUGGACAAGCACGGAGCGGCCGCCGGCCACCCGGGGCCCAGCAUGCACCACCCCGAGCACGGCCGGGCGCCCAAGAUGGCCUACAAGAAGGGCGGCCGCAGCAAAGGCCUGGAGAAGGGCGGCGGCGAGGCCAAGCACGGCGGGAUGGACGGCCUCGGACUCCUCCAGGGCCCCGGCGCCAAGACCAGCUCCACCAGCAACAGCAGCAAUUACGACGACGCUAUGCAGUUCCUCAAGAAGAGGCGCUACCUGCCGGCGGCCAACGGGGUUUCGGGGAGCGUGUCCGGGGUGGGGGCCGGGAGCGUGGUGGACUACGACGUCGGGGUGGGUCACCUGGGGGUGCAGGGCGCCGGGGUGAUGGACAGCGACGGGCCCCUGGUGGCGCUGCUGGACCCCUCGCCCCUGGCCGUGGACCUCAAGCACGACAUCAAGACGGCCAUCCCCGACGAGGUGCUGCAGAGCCUGCUGGAACACUACACCCACAAGUCCGACGUGACCUUCGACCUCGCCGAGCCCCACCACCACCACUCGCCGCAGCACCACCAACACCACCACCCCCACCACCACCAUCAACACCACGUGGACAUGCAGCCGGCGGUGGACGGCCUGGGGCCCGAGGACGAGGCGCCGAGCCCCGGCGGAGACAAGACGGUCCUGAUGCACGAGUACUCGCGCUUCCUGCUGCAGGCGCUGGAGAGGACCAGCGGUCACCACGGCGCCGGGGGGUUCCCGCCCUCCACCCUCGGGCCCUCGCCCUCGUCCUCCUCCUCGUCGCCCUCCGUCACGGGGCCCUUCCCGGGGCCCUUGUACUCCUCCGACAAGCACGUGGUGUACGGGUCGUCGCCGCUGGAGUGCGGCGGCUUCGGGCAGCAGGCGGCGGUCUCGCCGGCCGCCUCCUCGCCCUCGCUCUCCUCCACCUCGUCCGUGCCAAAGUCCCACUUCAGCCUGCUGUCGGGCUCGCCGCCGCCACCGCCUCAGCACACCUUUCACCUGGGCGGCCUGGAGCCGGUGCUGGCCCAGCAGCUCACACCCUCGCAGGAGCUCACCGAGCAGCUGGACAAGCCGCACUCCUCCUCCGCGGCCUCCUCCUCCUCGCCCCCCGCGCCCCUCACCGCCCCACACACCCCCUCCGGCGGCAACUCCUCGGCGGGCAAGAACGGUGCCGCCUAUCCGCUGACCCCCUCCCAGGAUCUGGCCACCCUGGACACGGCCAAGUCGGCCUCGCCCUACCAGAUCGAGAACUUUGCGCAGGCGUUCGGCUCGCAGUUCAAGGUGGGAGUAGGCGGCGGCGGGCCAGGCGGCCGCGUUGUGGCUCUGGCCUACGGCACUGACUCAGGCGGAGAGGUGGACCACCGCGACAGGACUCCCGUCUCCGAAUUCUCAGGGUAUACUAGUCUGUUAGCCGACGUCGGCGAGCCAGUGACCACUGGUUCCAAAACCCCAACAAGCCAAAGUUACAGUUGAGAGAGUGCCAGGGAGGCAUAGAAGAGUCACGUUUCAUUGAUGUUCUUUUUUUCCCUUGCUUUUGUUGUUAUUGUUGUUGUCAGUGUUGUAGUAUUGUAGUUUUGAUGUUUUUGUUGUCUUAUUAUAAUUGUUUUGUAUUUAGCUCUCCUGUUUUAUUAUUAUUUUUUUAAGUUUGUUUUUAAUUACACUGCCAUUUAUGUUCCUAUGAAAUUUCAUGUGAGAUGACCUGCAAGGUGUCUCAACAAAUGCAAUUUUUUUUUACGAGUUAUCUAUUUUAGUCAGUUAUAUCCCUAUUUGGUUUCUUUUCAUAGUGUCAUUCUAGGCCUACUCCAUUAAAAACUCGAGGAAGUGCGUUUUUAAAUGGCAAAAAAACAAUAAAAUAUAGGACUUGGUUUCCCGACACUCACACACACAGAGAUGUUUUAGCAAUCAGUCUUACACACAUAACAGUGAGCUUAAGAUGGCAGGGAUUGGCCAAGAGCUGAACUAGCAAAAAAAGAAGAAAAAAAAAAAAGAUAAAAAAAACAUAACAAAAAAAGAUUCAGUGAUGGAUAAAAUUCAGAUAUUUGUCUGUUACAAAGGAUUCAAGUAUUACUCAGGAAAAAAAAUACUAAAAUGGCGUAGAGAGCGAAUUCUACCAGGACGUGUUGCAAGCACCCGUCAGAUGAGACAGAUGUUUGGUAUCGUCGAAUAACAGGCCUUGUCGAAAAAAAGAGCAAUGAUCUUUAUUUUUGUACUCCUCCUCUGAUACACGUUGACAGUUCAAGAAUGAGGAAGUGCCGACUGCUCCGAAACACUGAUCACACUUUUUCCACGUAACUGUAUAGAGAUUAUGGUACGUUUUCUUUUUGUUGUUGUCAUUCUUUUUCUUUUCAUCUAUGUGUAAUAACUCACAUUUCUUUCUCUCAAUAAGGGCCAUAUAUAUAUUUAUAAAAGUAUAUAUAUAUCUAUAUAUAUAUAUAUGUAUAAUGACAUGUAAUCCUUCUGAGGACAGUCAGGUGAGGGGGAGAGAGGGGGGAGAGAGGGCAGGUUGGAGAUGGGGAGCAGAGGCAUCCGCAGGGUCCCAAAACCCACCCACUACCCUUCCUCUCCCUCUCAUCUUGAAAUGGUAGACCAAGAUGCCAAAUGAGGGCCGACUAGCGGGUUAUGUUCACAAGGGUAAGGGUGGCGUCCACUGUGAUGCAGGGUUGGGAGUUGCGAGGUGGGCCCUCCGUCCUGCCAACUCUCCUCAUGUCCUCUCCCCACUCUCUCCCUCGGUCUUCCUCACGCACACACCUCUUCUCCCUCGCCUCUCCUCGUUCUUGAGGAGGGCACCCAUGAGCACUUUUUUUGAGCCGCAUAGUCAUGAACUAAACUUCCCAAGGCAGUCAACGGAGGGGAAACUUUUUUUUUUACAAUAUGG